AUGAGCAGAAAGUCAAACAAGCACUUGGAUGCGGAGGAGAUCAUUCGAGUGGAGGCCUCCCUCAAGAAGCUGCAAUCAGAGAUGGACGAGUGCAACAUGAUCCAGCAUUUCUUCAAGCACUCCCUUGCCACCAGCGUUCUCGACUUGCUGGACAAGGUGGAGGAAAGGAAGAUCAGGAUCAGAGGGAAGAUAGAGACUCUCAAGAUCACGAAGGACUUGUACACUCACAAGAACGUCUCCCUCAAGCACCAUCGAGCGAUCAGCUUGCCAUCUGGAGUGAGGCUCACGUGA